UUGCAAUGCUCAAAAACAAUAAAAAACAUUUCAUAAAAUUGAAAAUAUUCUACAUUUUUUUCUGUAAAUUCUCUGAUUUUAUGAAUUAAUAUUUUAACUUUUAAGUUAAAACAUGAGCAAACGACGUUGUGCAAUAUGCAUUUGUUUUUGUCUUUUACUUCUUUUCUAACCGCUAUGUAAUUGAAUACCGUCAAACUUAAAAUUAAUUCAAAAUAUACAGAUGAAUCGAAGCGGGAUGGUCGGUGGUAAUAUGACGAAUCAGCAACAAAAUAAUAUGCAACAUAAACCACAACAACCUUACUCGACACAAUCGAGUGAACAACAGCAGCAAUCUUCUGGUAUUUUUUCCACAGCAUCUAAUCUUCUAUCUGGUGCCUCGAAUGCAGCAACUGGUGGUCUCUUUGGCAAUCGUCAAAAUUAUCCGAAGGGUCCACAAGUUAUCCCACAGGGUGUCUCACAACAACAACAACAACAACAACAACAACAACACCAUCAACAACAACAGCAGCAGCAGCAACAACCACAGCAACCAAAACAGCAACAGCAACAAUUUAAUAGUGUUCAUUCUUCUAGUGGUGGUAUAUUUGGUUUCGGUAGUCAACAGAAUCAACACCAGCAUCAAUCAUUCAAUAAUAUGCCGCAAGCUGGAAAUACUCCAGGACAACCAAAUUUAAUGCAAAAAUUAG